GGGCCUUGGACUGGGCUAAUGUUCUUGGGCCUCGUUGCAUUUUUGUAGUUUUCAAUUUGGUUUGUUACUGUUUUUUUCUAGUGGUUGCUUGGUUAAAAAUAAGUCCCCCCUCUGUUGGGCGGGGGUGUGGGUGUGUCCGGGUUGAGUCGAUGCCAUUGUUAUGGUGUCAUGGUCGUUUUGUAGUUCCAUCUCUAUGGCUUGGUCUGUUGACUAUGCUGCCUGUUUUUCAACGUGACGAGGAAUUACCCUUACACGUGGUCUGCUUAUUUUGGGACACGGUGUCGGAAAGGGUGAUGCGAUUCUUCGUCAGGUUGGUUGCAGGGUUGUAUCUUUACACUAGAGUUUGGUUGCUGCUCUCUGUAGCCCGCUUGUAUGGGCGUAAAUGGUGGUCGGGGUUUGGACUUGUUUGGUUCAUGAAGGUCAUUUCAUAUGACCUCCUUGUCACCUAUGGUGUUUCUGAGGUUGUGCGCGACUCAUCAAUCAUUCGACCUGUGGAUGAGGGUGGAGUUGCAGCUUGUCACAUCCGUGCUUUGUAGUCUGUUUGCUUGGUGUUUGAAUAAAGGACUAUAUUUUGUUUCUCAAAAAAAAAAACAGAGAGCACUUGAUUUGAACCUCACUGUAGUUGGGUCACUCAAGCACCCAUCCCUAACUCUACCAAUAGCAAAGCCCUUUCUCACACAAACAUGUUGUGAUGCUCCCAAAGCAGCCCUCACUCACCCACACAAUCUCAACAACCUUAACUCAUCACAACCCAGUUUCAAGCUUCUCUUCCCCAACCCGCCCACAAAAUCCACUCCCCUUCAUCCUCCAAAAAUGCAUUGCUCUCCUGCAAAGCUGCGCCUCCUCCAUUUCCAAACUCAAACAAAUCCACGCCUUCUCUUUACGACAUGGCGUCCCUCUCUCCAACCCAGAUAUGGGCAAACACCUCAUCUUCACCGCAGUGUCACUCUCAUCCCCAAUGUCCUAUGCCCACCAAGUAUUCUCCCAAAUCCAAUGGCCCAAUGUGUUCACAUGGAACACCAUGAUUAGAGGCUACGCCGAAAGCCAAAACCCAAUGCCUGUAAUUCAACUCUACCACCAAAUGCGUGUGAAUUCUGUCGAACCCGAUACGCAUACAUACCCUUUUCUCUUGAAGGCUGUGGCUAAGUUGUUGAUUGUGAGAGAGGGUGAGAAGAUACAUUCCAUUGCUCUGAGAAAUGGGCUCGAGUCGUUGGUCUUUGUUAAGAACGCUUUGCUUCACGUGUACGCCGUUUGUGGGCAGGUGGAGAGUGCAUACGAGGUGUUUGAGUCAAUGUCUGAGAGAGACCUGGUGGCUUGGAACUCUGUGAUUAAUGGGUUUUCCUUGAAUGGAAGGCCCAAUGAGGCUCUGACUAUAUUUAGGGAGAUGAGUUUGGAGGGUGUUGAGCCGGAUGGGUUCACCAUGGUUAGCUUGUUGUGUGCUUGUGCCGAGCUUGGAGCUUUGGCUUUGGGUGGGAGGGUUCAUGUGUAUAUGUUGAAGGCGGGUUUGACAAGGAAUGCGCAUGCUAGUAAUGCGCUUCUGGAUGUUUAUGCAAAGUGUGGAAGCAUAAGGGAGGCGCAGAAGGUGUUUGAAGAAAUGGAGGAGAGGAGUGUGGUUUCGUGGACUGCUUUGGUUGUUGGGUUGGCUGUUAAUGGGUUUGGUAAGGAAGCAUUGGAGCUUUUUAAAGAGUUUAAAAGAGAGGGAUUGGUGCCGACUGAGAUAACUUUUGUUGGGGUUCUAUAUGCCUGUAGUCAUUGCGGGAUGGUUGAUGAAGGGUUUGAGUACUUUAGAGUGAUGAAAGAGGAGUAUCGGAUUGUGCCCAGAAUAGAACAUUAUGGUUGCAUGGUUGAUUUGUUAGCUAGAGCAGGCUUAGUGAAAGAAGCGUAUGAAUACAUUAAGGACAUGCCUGUUCAGCCCAAUGCUGUUAUUUGGAGGACCUUAUUAGGAGCAUGCACCAUACAUGGGCAAUCGGCUCUAGGGGAGAUUGCAAGAGGCCACAUCCUGCAGUUAGAACCUCGACAUAGUGGGGAUUAUGUGCUAAUCUCCAAUCUCUAUGCAUCUGAGCGUCGAUGGUCGGAUGUGCAAAAGGUGAGGAGAACAAUGCUCAGUGAAGGUGUGAAGAAAACUCCGGGCUAUAGUAUUGUUGAGUUGAGGAACAGAGUUUUCGAGUUUACUAUGGGUGAUAGAUCUCAUCCACAAAGUGAUGAGAUAUAUGCAAAGCUGGUAGAGAUUACAAAAUUACUGAAACAGAAAGGUUAUGUGCCUCAUACAGAGAAUGUUCUUGCAGACAUAGAGGAGGAAGAAAAAGAAAAUGCUUUGUCCUAUCACAGUGAAAAAAUUGCAAUUGCAUUCAUGCUCCUAGUUACCGCACCAGGGUUACCAAUUAGGAUUUGGAAGAAUUUGAGAGUUUGUGCAGAUUGUCAUCUUGCAUUUAAGCUCAUCUCAAAGGUUUAUGAUCGGGAGAUUGUUGUGAGGGAUCGUAGCCGAUUUCACCAUUUUAGAGAUGGUUCUUGUUCUUGUAGUGAUUACUGGUGACAUGAGUAAUCUGUUUGUAAUAGUCAACUUCGAAUAACAAAAGUUGUGGUGGCAUGGCAGCCUCAUCUCUGCCAUUGAAGAUUUGAAUAUGACCACACAAAGAUUACCAUUUUUUUCCUUA